CUUGGUUGCAGCCGAUGGGUAUAUUGGCCCUGUUGGACGAAGAAUGCUGGUUCCCCAAGGCAACGGAUAAAAGCUUCGUAGAGAAGCUGAUGGCGUCACAUUCGUUGCAUCCCAAAUUCGUUAAGACCGACUUCCGAGGCGCAGGGGAUUUUGCCAUUGUUCACUAUGCAGGACAGGUGGACUACUCAGCACAACAGUGGCUGAUGAAGAAUAUGGAUCCGUUAAACGAGAACGUGGUCUCUUUGUUGCAAGCAUCUCAGGAACCAUUCAUGGUCCAAAUUUGGAAAGAUGCGGAAAUCGUUGGUAUGGGAAGCAUGGUAUCGACUGAUACGCAAUUCGGAUCUCGCACGAGGAAAGGUAUGUUCCGAACGGUGUCGCAGUUGUACAAGGAACAACUCACAAAGCUGAUGAGUACCUUGAGAAAUACGAAUCCGAAUUUUGUUCGCUGUAUCAUUCCGAAUCACGAAAAACGAGCUGGGAAAAUCGACCCACUCUUGGUCCUGGAUCAAUUGAGGUGCAACGGUGUGCUCGAGGGCAUUCGUAUUUGCCGACAAGGUUUUCCCAAUCGUAUUCCUUUCCAGGAGUUCCGACAGAGGUAUGAACUGUUGACACCGAACUGCAUACCUAAAGGCUUCAUGGAUGGCAAAAAGGCGUGCGAGAAAAUGAUCAACAGCCUCGAGCUUGAUCAAAAUUUGUUUCGAAUUGGACAAAGCAAAAUAUUUUUCCGCGCCGGUGUAUUGGCUCAUUUGGAAGAAGAGCGCGACUUCAAGAUCACUGACCUGAUCGUGAAUUUCCAGUCGUAUUGCCGCGGUCUAUUGGCAAGAAGAAACUACCAAAAACGCAUGCAGCAGUUGAAUGCGAUGAGAAUCAUUCAGCGAAACUGCUCGGCAUACCUCAAAUUGCGGAAUUGGCAAUGGUGGCGCUUGUACACCAAAGUGAAGCCUUUGUUGCAAGUGACGAAGCAGGAAGAAAAGUUGACUCAAAAGGAAGACGAAUUGCGCGCCAUCAAAGACAAGUUGGAGGCACAAAACAGAACCUCUGCCGAAAUAGAAAAGAAAUACGAACAGAUUAUAGAAGAGAAGAACAUCCUCGCCGAGCAAUUGCAGGCAGAAACCGAGCUGUGCGCAGAAGCUGAAGAAAUGCGUGCGAGGCUUCAGUCUCGUAAACAGGAACUGGAGGAUAUUCUACAUGACCUGGAGGCAAGGGUUGAAGAAGAGGAGGAUCGUGCGAAUCAACUGCAGGUAGAGAAGAAGAAACUUCAGUCACACAUCCAGGACUUGGAAGAGCAACUGGAAGAAGAAGAGGCCAAUCGUCAGAAACUCCAGCUUGAGAAGGUCCAAGUUGAGUCAAAAAUCAAGAAGUUGGAAGAGGAUCUCAGCAUUGCGGAAGAUUCGAACCAAAAGUUGUCGAAGGAAAAGAAAAUGCUGGAAGAGCGUGCGAACGACUUGUCUCAGGCACUUGCUGAAGAGGAAGAAAAGUCCAAGCACCUUGGCAAACUCCGUGCUAAACAAGAAGCUUCGAUUGCCGACUUGGAAGAGCGUUUAAUCAAAGAGAACCAGGCUCGUCAAGAAAUGGAGCGUGCCAAGCGCAAAGCUGACAGCGAAUUGAAUGAUGUCAAAGAGCAGCUUAAUGAACGCAAAGUGCAAAUUGAAGAAAUCCAAUUGCAGCUCGCCAAACGCGAAGAAGAGCUCACGCAGGCCAUGAUGAAAGUGGAUGAAGAAGCCGCGCAAAAGUCGCAAAACUCAAAAGUAGUCCGCGAACUCGAGGCGCAUCUUGCUGAGCUUCAGGAGGACUUGGAGGCUGAGAAGAGUGCGAGAGCAAAGGCAGAAAAGCAAAAGCGUGAUUUGAAUGAGGAAUUGGAGGCUUUGAAGAAUGAGCUUCUAGAUUCGUUGGAUUCGACUGCUGCUCAGCAAGAGUUGCGGACAAAGAGGGAACAGGAACUCGCCGCACUCAAACGUAGUCUUGAGGAAGAAAUGGUGAACCAUGAGCAAACUAUUGCUGACUUGCGCCACAAACAUGGUCAGGGGCUCGAAGAACUCAAUGAUCAACUGGACACUGCCAAGAAAACAAAGGCUGCCUUGGAGAAGGCUAAGCAGAACCUGGAAGCAGAAGUAGCUGACAUGGCUAAUGAAAUCAAGAUGUUAUCAGCAGCCCGUCAGGAUACUGACCGUAAACGAAAAACUGUCGAAGCACAGUUGGCAGAAGCUGAAAGUCGAUUGGCAGAAAUGGAACAUUAUCGCGGGGGAGAGGUGGAGAAAAUGCAAAAAAUGGCGGCUGAACUUGAAAGUUUACAAGCACAACUUUCUGAGGCAGAGUCACGUGCAAUCAACGCCAGCAAAAAUUUGUCAACUGCCGAAAGCCAACUGGCUGAGGCUCAGUCGUUGUUAGAUGAAGAAACGCGCCAAAAAAUGGCACUGAAGACCGACCUGCGUCAAGCAGAAACCAUUCGCGAGCAACUAAAGGAACAACUUGAAGAGGAAGAUGAGGCGAGGCGUGCCUUGGAGAAACAAGUGGCAGCUCUUUUGGUGCAAUCUUCGGAAGCCAAAAAGAAAGCAGACGAGGAGGCAGCUAAUUCGGCAGCUCUCGAUGAGCUGAAAAAGAAACUCAUCAAGGAAAUUGAGGCCUUGCAACUAUCUCGGGAUGAACUUCAAUCAGCAAAUGAAAAGCUUGAAAAGAGUCGCAAGAAGAUUCAGGCUGAGUUGGAAGAUGCCAACAUUGAUUUAGAAGUUCAGCGUGGCAAGGUUGCUGAACUCGAAAAGAAGCAACGUAACUUUGACAAAAUCUUGGCUGAGGAAAAGGCCAUUUCGUCGCGUAUCAGCGAAGAGCGUGAUAAUGCCGAGAGAGAAGCUCGAGAGAAAGAGACGAAGCUUCUCAGUAUGACCCGAGCUCUGGAAGAUGCCCUUGCCCAAAACGAAGACCUGGAACGUCAAAAGAAACAACUUCAGGCUGAACUGGAAGAUGUUGUCAGCUCUCAAGGAACUGCUGACCGCAAUGCUGUGGAGCUUGAACGUGCCAAACGCACUUUGGAAACGCAGCUUGCUGACCAGAAAACUCAAUACGAGGAGCUCGAAGAUGAGUUUCAGUUGAUGGAAGACGCCAAGCUGCGUUUGGAAGUAAACAUGCAGGCCCUGAAGCAACAAAUGGAACGAGACCUCCAGGCCAAGGAGGAGCUGGCUGAAGAACAGCGUCGGAGCCUGCAGAAGCAGCUCCGUGACAUGGAAGUGGAAUUGGAAGAUGAAAGAAAGCAACGAGCUGCUGCGAUCAAUUCCCGCAAGAAAAUGGAAGCCGACUACAAAGAUUUGGAGCAGCAAGUUGAGAUGAGCAACAAGCUCAAAGAAGACGCAUUGAAGCAGUUCAAGAAGGUGCAAUCGCAGGUGAAGGAUUACCAGCGAGAUGCAGAUGAAGCACGUGCUGCGCGAGAUGAGUUGUUGCUGCAGCUCAAGGAAGCGGAAAAGAAGAUGAAGAACUUCGAGGCAGAUGUUUUUCAGGCUCAAGAAGAUUUGGGUGCUGCUGAAAGAGCUCGACGGGCUGCCGAAACUGAACGAGAUGAAUUGGCUGAGGAGAUUAACAAUCACUCUUCACGCGGCACUUUACUGGCGGACGAGAAACGCAGAUUGGAAGCCAGGAUUCAAGCUUUGGAAGAAGAGCUAGAAGAGGAACAAAAUACGCUUGAAGCCAUGGCUGAACGUUCUCGCAAAGCACAAUUGCAAAUUGAGCAACUUGGAACAGAUUUGGCUGCUGAGAAAGGAUUGACGAACAAGACCGAAAAUCAACGCGUGUUCCUCGAGCGCCAAAAUAAGGAGUUGAAGGCAAAAAUUGCAGAACUGGAGACCUCGCAACGAGCCAAAUCAAAGGCAACUAUUGCUGCCUUGGAGUCCAAGAUUGCCAAUUUUGAAGAGCAGUUGGAAGCAGAAGCCAAGGAGCGACAGGCGGCCAUGAAAAUGAAUCGAAAGUUGGAGAAGAAAGUCAAAGAACUUUCCUUGCAGCUUGAAGACGAGAAGCGACACGCUGAUCAGUACAAGGAACAGAAUGAAAAGACUUCAACUCGAAUCAAGGCGCUCAAACGCCAACUGGACGAAGCCGAGGAGGAAAUCACUCGCGAAAAGUCGCAAAGGCGCAAGGCCCAGCGGGAACUGGAAGAUGCCUUGGAAGUUCAAGAGGACCAGUCUCGUGAGCUUGCCUCUCUCCGUAACCGUUUGAGCCGUAGGAGUGCGAAGGAAUCGAUGACGACGAUAUUCGCGAAACGCGCUUCCAUUCUCGAUGACUUUUCGGAAGUUUCCGUGGCGCCUAGUGUCGCGCCGACCCGUUCGGCGCCAAAUAUGUACAUGGACUUCAGUUCUGACGCGUCUACGAUGAGGAUGACGAGUGCGUCUGUCUUGAACGUGGAUGACGAGAAUUCUGCCCGCUUGGUGUCGUCGCGAGACGCGAGUGAAAGUCCACGAGGCGGAGCGAGUUUAAGCGGAAGGGCAGUGGGUGGGAAACGCGGUUCGAUCCCACCAGGCGUGGACGAUACGAACGCGUCGAUCGCGACAACGAACCAGGAUGACUCCGUCGACGGCGAGGAAGAGAAUACUCCCUUCGGUAUGUUCAAGGAAUGCGGGAAUGCCGCGAAUUUCAGUGCUGUUUUGAUAAGGUCAGACUUUGGGGCAUUGUUUGGAAAGUUUCACCGUGUUAAACGGUGGGGAGUCGUUGGUAGGCGGUGCGCGCGAGGUUUGUCGGCGUCGGUUGUCAGUGGGUCAGCGUCGUUUUUCAACAUGACCAUGGGCGAAGAUCACCAAUUGGACGCGGCGGAUUUGAAGUAUUUGGUGGUGGACAAGAAUCGGUUCACGGAUCCGGUGGCGCAGGCGGAAUGGACGAAGAAGCGGCUCGUGUGGGUGCCCCACGACACGAAUGCGUUCGUGGCGGCGGGCAUCAAGGCCGAAAGGGCGGACGAGGUGGAAGUUGAGAUCGUCGACACCAACAAACGCGUCGUUGUGAGCAAGGAUGAGGUGCAGAAGAUGAACCCGCCCAAGUUUGACAAGGUUGAGGACAUGGCUGCUCUCACGUGCCUCAACGAAGCCUCCGUUUUGCACAACAUCAAGGAUCGGUAUUAUUCCGGACUCAUCUAUACGUAUUCGGGACUCUUCUGUGUGGUGGUCAAUCCGUACAAGAGACUGCCUAUCUAUUCUGAAAAGAUCAUUGAAUGCUACAAAGGAAAAAAGAGGCACGAAGUCCCUCCGCACGUUUUUGCCGUCACCGAUGCCGCGUACCGAAGCAUGCUUCAGGGUUUUAUCUCUCUGGAGAUGUAUGUGUUCGAAAUCCGGUCUCGUUUUGUUCCGAACCGCAGAGUGCAGUCUCUCGGCACCUCACCAGAUUUUGAAUUCUGGCGCGAGACGUAUUCGGGACUCUUCUGUGUGGUGGUCAAUCCGUACAAGAGACUGCCUAUCUAUUCUGAAAAGAUCAUUGAAUGCUACAAAGGAAAAAAGAGGCACGAAGUCCCUCCGCACGUUUUUGCCGUCACCGAUGCCGCGUACCGAAGCAUGCUUCAGGAUCGUGACGACCAAUCUAUUUUGUGCACUGGAGAAUCGGGUGCUGGAAAGACUGAAAACACGAAGAAAGUUAUCCAGUACCUGGCUAUUGUUGCAGCAUCGAAACCGAAGUCUCACACGCCUGCCCCGCAUGUGACGACCAAUCGAUUUUGUGCACUGGAGAAUCGGGGCGAACUGGAGCAGCAACUUUUGCAAGCCAAUCCGAUUCUUGAAGCUUUUGGAAAUGCCAAAACAGUCAAGAAUGACAAUUCCUCGCGCUUCGGGAAAUUCAUCAAGAUCAACUUCGAUUCCAGUGGAUACAUUGCGGGUGCAAACAUUGAGACGUAUUUGUUGGAAAAAAGCAGGGCGAUUCGUCAGGCGAAAAACGAACGAACGUUUCACAUCUUUUACCAACUUCUUCUUGGUGCUACAUCUCAAGAGAGAAAGGAUUAUCUGUUGGAGAGUGUCCCCAAUUACACAUUCAUGAGCCAGGGUCAGCUGCAGUUGACCGGUGUUGACGAGACUCAGGAAUUCGAAGCAACUGUUAAGGCCAUGACGAUAAUGGGGUUGUCUCCAGAAGAGCUCAGCGCAAUUUUCAAGACUGUGUCAGCAGUGCUUCUGUUCGGCAACAUGCAGUUCAAGCAGGAGCGAAACAGUGAUCAGGCAACUUUGCCAGACAACACGGUGGCGCAGAAAUUGGCUCACCUGCUCGGCGUCCCAGUGACAGAGAUGACCAAAGCUUUUCUUAAGCCCCGAAUCAAAGUCGGGCGAGAACACGUCAGCAAGACUCAAACUAAAGAACAGGUUGAGUUCGCAGUUGAAGCGCUUGCGAAAGCGAUGUAUGAAAAACUUUUCCGCUGGCUUGUGAUCCGGAUUAACAAAUCUUUGGAUCGCACCAAGCGUCAAGGACCGUCUUUCAUCGGUAUCCUCGAUAUUGCCGGAUUUGAAAUUUUUGAGUUGAAUUCCUUCGAGCAACUUUGCAUCAACUACACAAAUGAGAAAUUGCAGCAGUUGUUUAAUCACACCAUGUUCAUUCUGGAGCAAGAAGAAUACCAGAAGGAGGGUAUUGAGUGGCAGUUCAUUGAUUUUGGACUCGAUCUGCAGCCGACCAUCGACUUAAUCGAAAAGCCGAUGGGAAUAUUGUCGCUGUUGGACGAAGAAUGCUGGUUCCCGAAAGCUACGGAUAAAACUUUUGUGGAAAAGCUCAUGACUUCUCACUCUCUUCAUCCCAAAUUCAUGAAGACUGACUUCAGGGGUGUUUCUGAUUUCGCGGUUGUGCAUUAUGCAGGACAGGUCGACUAUUCAGCGGCGAAGUGGUUGAUGAAGAACAUGGACCCCUUGAACGAAAACGUUGUGUCCUUGCUUCAGUCGUCUCAAGAAAAUUUCAUGGUGCAAAUCUGGAAAGACGCUGAAAUUGUCGGAAUGGGAAGCAUGGUCUCCCCAGAUUCGCAGUUCGGUGGAGCUCGAACGAGGAAGGGAAUGUUCCGUACCGUGUCCCAGCUGUACAAAGAACAACUUGCUAAACUCAUGGGAACUCUGAGGAAUACGAACCCCAAUUUCGUCCGCUGUAUCAUUCCAAAUCAUGAAAAACGAGCCGGGAAAAUCGAUCCUUUACUUGUUCUGGAUCAGCUUCGUUGUAACGGCGUUUUGGAGGGAAUCCGUAUCUGCAAACGGGGCUUCCCGAAUCGCAUUCCUUUCCAGGAAUUCCGCCAAAGAUACGAAUUGCUGACGCCCAAUUGCAUUCCAAAAGGAUUCAUGGAUGGCAAGAAAGCGUGCGAAAGAAUGAUCGCUUCUCUGGAGAUUGACGAAAAUUGUUUCAGAAUUGGACAGAGUAAAAUAUUUUUCCGCGCCGGUGUCCUAGCUCACUUGGAAGAAGAACGCGAAUUGAAGAUCACUGAUUUGAUCAUCAAUUUCCAAUCCUACUGCCGUGGAAUGUUGGCUAGAAAGAAUUUUCAGAGACGGAUGCAGCAACUGAACGCCAUGAGAAUUAUCCAACGCAAUUGUUCUGCAUACCUAAAAUUGCGAAAUUGGCAAUGGUGGCGUUUAUAUACGAAAGUUAAGCCUCUGCUGCAAGUCACGAAGCAAGAAGAGAAGUUGACUGAAAAGGAAGACGAAUUGCGAGCAGUGAAAGAAAAGUUGGAGGCUCAAUGUCGAGUCGCCGCUGAUGUGGAGAAGAAAUAUGAGAUGAUAAUCGAAGAGAAGAACAUUCUUGCCGAACAACUUCAAGCCGAAACGGAGCUUUGUGCUGAAGCGGAAGAGAUGCGAGCGAGGCUUCAAUCUCGCAAGCAAGAGCUCGAAGACAUUUUGCACGAUCUGGAAGCCCGUGUUGAGGAAGAAGAGGAUCGUUCCAAUCAGCUGCAAGUAGAGAAGAAAAAACUGCAGACACAUAUCCAAGACUUGGAGGAACAAUUGGAAGAAGAAGAAGCCAAUCGACAGAAGCUGCAAUUGGAGAAAGUUCAUGUUGAAUCUAAAGUCAAGAAGUUGGAGGAAGAUCUUAGUAUUGCCGAGGACGCAAUGCAAAAGCUGUCGAAAGAGAAGAAGAUGUUGGACGAGCGCGCCAACGAUUUAUCGCAAGCCCUCGCGGAAGAGGAAGAGAAGUCCAAGCAUCUCAGCAAACUUCGCAUCAAGCAAGAAACGUCGAUUGCGGAAUUGGAAGAGCGCGUAAUAAAAGAAAACCAAGCACGUCAGGAAAUGGAGCGCGCCAAACGUAAAGCCGACGGCGAGUUGAACGAUAUCAAAGAACAGUUGAACGACCGCAAAGUGAAGAUCGAAGAAAUUCAGCAACUUUUGUCCAAGCGCGACGAGGAACUCACUCAGGCUCUAAUGAAAGUGGAUUCGGAAACUGCGCAAAAGUCGCAGAACUCUAAAUUUGUUCGCGAACUGGAGGCUCAUCUUGCUGAGCUGCAAGAGGAUUUGGAGGCUGAAAAGGGCGCGAGAGCGAAGGCAGAAAAGCAGAAGCGUGACUUGAAUGAAGAGCUGGAAGCUUUGAAAAAUGAGCUGUUGGAUUCCUUGGACUCGACCGCAGCCCAGCAAGAAUUGAGAACCAAGCGAGAACAGGAACUCGCUGCUCUCAAACGCAGUCUUGAGGAAGAAGUAGCAAAUCAUGAACAAAAUAUCGCUGAAUUGCGGCACAAGCAUAACCAAGCUCUUGAGCAGUUGAACGACCAACUCGACACUGCGAAGAAAUCCAAGGUUGCUUUAGAGAAAGCCAAGCAGACUCUCGAAUCUGAAACUACCGAGCAAGCGAAGGAAAUUAAGAUGCUAUUGGCGACUCGUCAAGACGCCGAUCGAAGGCGGAAAGCUGUUGAAACUCAUCUUGCUGAAACUGAAAGCCGUUUGAGUGAGCUGGAGCAUUUGCGGGCAAGUGAGACCGAGAAGAUACAGAGGUUAACAGCAGAGGUGGAGAGUUUGCAAAUCCAACUGUCUGAAGCCGAAUCACGUUCGAUCAGCGCUGGCAAGAAUUUGCUCACUGCUGAAAGUCAGCUGGCAGAAUCACAGCAAGUAUUGGCGGAAGAAACGCGACAAAAGAUGGCAUUGAAGGCGGAGCUUCGUCAUUCGGAAGCAUCUCGUGAGCAACUCAGAGAACAGCUUGAGGAGGAAGGCGAAGCCAAGGCCGCUUUUGAGAAACAAGUCAGUGUGUUAUCCAGUCAAGUUGUGGAAGCCAAAAGAAAAGCUGAAGAGGAAGCACUGAAUUCUGCUGCCGUUGAGGAAGUCAAGAAGAGGCUGGUCAAGGAUCUUGAAUCUGUUCAAAACUCUCGAGAUGAAUUACAAGCUGCCAACGAGAAACUCGAAAAAAGUCGCAAGAAGCUUCAGGUUGAAUUGGAAGACGCCAACACCGACUUGGAUACGCAGCGUGGAAAAGUUGUUGAACUGGAAAAGAAGCAACGCAACUUUGAUAAAGUUCUUGCUGAAGAAAAGGCCGUUUCCUCGCGCGUUGCCGAAGAGCGGGAUAAUGCUGAAAGGGAAGCGCGCGAGAAAGAGACGAAGUUGCUCAGUUUGGUGCGUGCCCUGGAUGAUGCUCUGACGCAAGUGCAAGAACUUGAACGGCAAAAGAAUCAACUUCAGGUUGAGUUGGAAGAUGUUGUCAGCUCCCAAGGCACUGCCGACCGCAACGCUGUUGAGUUGGAGCGAGCCAAACGUACUCUUGAAACCCAACUUGCUGAACAAAAGACGCAGUAUGAGGAGUUGGAAGAUGAGUUCCAGUUGAUGGAAGAUGCAAAACUGCGUUUGGAAGUCAACAUGCAAGCACUGAAGCAACAGAUGGACCGAGAUCUUCAGGCUAAAGAAGAAGUGGCCGAGGAACAGCGCAAGAGCCUGCAGAAACAACUCCGCGAUAUGGAAGUGGAGCUGGAAGACGAGAGGAAGCAAAGAGUGGCUGCUCUCAACUCUCGGAAGAAGAUGGAGGCUGACUUCAAAGACUUGGAGCAGCAAGUCAUGAUGAGCAACAAGCUUAAGGAAGAUGCUUUGAAGCAAUUCAAGAAGGUGCAGUCCCAGGUGAAGGAUUAUCAACGAGAUACGGAUGAAGCACGCGCUGCGCGUGAUGAGUUGUUACUGCAGCUGAAGGAUGCAGAGAAGAAGAUGAAGAAUCUUGAGGCUGACGUCUACCAGGUGCAUGAGAAUUUGGCCGCGGCGGAACGUGGUCGUCGCGCAGCAGAAGUUGAACGCGACGAGCUGGCGGAGGAGAUCAGCAGUCAUUCAACUAAAGGAAUUCUGUUGGCUGACGACAAGCGCCGGUUAGAUGCUAGGAUCCAGGCUUUGGAAGAUGAGCUGGAAGAGGAACAAACCGGACGUGAAGCUAUGGCCGAACGUUUCCGCAAGGCGCAAUUGCAAAUUGAACAACUCACCGCUGAUUUAUCAGCUGAGAAGGGAUCAACGAGCAAAUCAGAAAGCCAGCGCGUGCUCCUCGAACGCCAGAAUAAGGAGCUGAAGGCAAAGAUUGGGGAACUGGAAACUGCGCAACGUGCCAAGUCGAAGGCGACAAUCGCCGCACUCGAGUCCAAGAUAGCCAAUUUCGAAGAACAACUGGAGGCUGAAGGCAGGGAACGGCAAGCUGCAUUGAAGAUAAAUCGAAAGCUGGAGAAGAAAGUGAAGGAGCUUUUCCUGCAGUUGGAAGACGAGAAACGGAAUUCUGACCAGAAUAAAGAGGCGAAUGAAAAGACAACCGUCCGUAUCAAAGCGCUCAAACGGCAAUUGGAGGAAGCUGAAGAAGAAAUCACGCGCGAAAAAGCGCAGCGUCGUAAAGCGCAGCGUGAAUUGGAAGACGCACUAGAAGCUCAUGAAGAUCAAGCCCGUGAACUUGCGACUCUGCGCAAUCGUUUGAGGCGUGACGGAACAAGUGUGAGCGGAAGACCUGGAGGCGGGAAAAUGGGCGCCAUGGAUGAAAUCAGCGCGUCUUUGCCCGCGUAUCAAACCGAAGCUCUUGACGGAGAGGAUGAUCGAUCCAAGAAGAUGGAGGGAAAAGCCAAUUGGCAUAAGGUUUUGUACAAGAGACGAAAUUUGCCGGAUAAUCAUGACGACGAUACCUUCCUGGAGCGAGUAAAGCGAAAUGUCAAUUUCCGACACGUGACCAGGUUGGAGGCGAUUGUUGGUUCUUGUCGGGUUGCUCAACAAAUCUGUGCAGUUUGCUUGUUCGGAAUCGCGUUUGUGCACAUGGAUGCUAAGAAUGUUGAUGAAAUGGACGUGUUCUGGGCCACGAGUCUGGCUUCAUUCGUGGGAUACAUCGUUUAUAAAAUGAUCGUCGGCUGGAAAAGAAGUUUAUGGGAUGAUUUGAAGAGCCUAUGGAUUUUUCUUUUCGCUGGAUAUGGUUUGUCGCCGGUGCUCAAAACACUCACUGCAUCAAUUAGCACUGACACCAUAGAAGCCAUGGCGAUCAUGAUGUUCAUCACGCAUCUCAUUUUCCACAAUUACGGCCUCGAUGCUGCCAUAGUUUCCAGAGCUUUGUCCAUCAACGCCGCCGUGUUCGCAAGCAUUUGCUUAGCUUCGCGUUUGCCCACAACAACUCACGCGUUCGUUUUGCUCACGAUGGCUGUGGAGUUUUUUGCGUUGUGGCCGGUUCUUCGCGAUCAGAUCGUCGAACGAUUGUCAAACGUUCACCAAAUCCUGUGGACAAUUGUCCUCAUGGCUGCAAGUUUCGGAGCCAUCUUCGUUCUCUCGUCGGUUUUUUCAAUAUUGUUCCUGAUGCUGAUGCUUUUUGUGUGCAUCAUAUGUCCCUUAUGGUUCGUUUCGUGGCAAACUUUGAAGGAGAAUAUUUAUGGCCCCUGGGAUGAAGCUGUGAUAAGUGACUGAAGGACACUUCGAAACAGGACAUUUCCAAUAAGAUUCUGUAUGGCAACCCACCCCCAUCACGCGCAGGACCGGGAUGAUGAUGAUGACGUGAUCGUCAAAAGCCAGCAGCAGCAGGUGCCUCCGUCGCACUGUUGACACUGCCCGCAUUGCUGCCCGGGUUCGCAGGAACCAUGCGCUUGAACUUGUUGUACAACCAGGCCUUGAAGUUGUUGGGCUCUCCGGCGACGCUGCCGGGUUUGCUGCCGAACGUCUCGUCAAUCAGCGCCGGCACGGAAAUGGAAUGUUCUUCGUACAGCAAGUGGAACGUUUCCGGGUGCGCCUCUGACGGCGGCCGCAUCGCCGUGCUCAUGAGGAGUCGGUCGUCGGGGAACUGGUCCAGCGACUUGGACGCCUUCCGCAACAGGGGCCUGGCUGCGUUGGGCACGUGCAGCAACACUUGAUCGUCUGUGGCGAACCGGGUCUUGAGCCAUUGCGUGCUGCCGCCGUUGGCGGGACACCGGGCCAGCUUGGGACUGCGGCGGCGGAGGCUGACUGCGCUGGUGCUGAGCAGUUUGCCCAGGUCUUGCUGCUGCUGCUGAUGUUGUUGUGCGGAUUGUCUGACUGCGGGUGCUGAUGCUCCUCCUGCUGCUGCGGAUGAGUUGGGUUGGGAGGGUUGCUCGAGGCCUUCGAGCCAGUAGGUGCGGACGUCGCCUUUGCCCUUGACUGAGAUCACGCCGCGGUCCGACACCAGGUAGCCGCCGAUGAGCUCGAGGUGCUCUCGGCACUGCUCGCUGAUGUGGAUGCGGUAGGGUUCGCCGUUGGAUUCCAUGCGGGACGCCGUGUUGACGGUGUCGCCGAAGAGGCAGUAGCGAGGCAUGGUGAGACCCACGACGCCUGCCACGACCGGGCCUGCAAUGUAUUGAGAAAGGGAAAACGGAAUAAGUGAUAUCUAUACGCGUGAAGGGUGACUGAUGAUGAGCGUGUGAAGCGUCAUGUAUCUCGUGGCAUUGUGCGGCGAUACUUUUCUUUUCUUUUUUCUUUCUCCUGAGUGUCAAAAAUAACGGACUGAAAAGACUGAAUUUUCGAGAAGAAUUUUUUAUACGUUCCUCAUCCUCCAAUAAGUUUGAGCAGUGCGGCAGUAACUGACA